GUCUGACCGGGGCCCGGUUUCCCCCGGCCCCGGCUCGGGCAGGAGCGGCGGCGCGAUGGCGGCGGCGGCGUCCAGCGCCAUCGCCCUGCGCCAGGCCGGCAACGAGGAGUUCCGCCGCGGGCAGUACGGGCCGGCCGCCGCGCUCUACACCCGCGCGCUGGCGCUGCUGGAGGCCGCAGGGGAGGCCGCCGCCGAGGAACGGAGCGUGCUGCUCGCCAACCGCGCCGCCUGCCACCUCAAGGAAGGCGCCUGCCGCCUCUGCGUCGCCGACUGCAGCGGCGCCCUCGACCUGGUCCCCUUCGGGAUCAAACCCCUCCUGAGGCGGGCCGCCGCCUACGAGGCCCUGGAGAGGUACCAGCUGGCCUACGUGGACUACAAGACGGCGCUGCAGGUGGACUGCUCCGUACAGGCGGCACACGACGGCGUCAACAGGAUGACUAAAGCCCUGCUGGAGAAGGAUGGCAUGAACUGGCGCCAGAAGCUUCCGCCAAUCCCCACAGUGCCCAUUUCUGCCCAGAUGAGGUGGAGCGUUCCUUCUGCCGAAGCCCCCAGGGCAAACGCUCCUCCUGCAACUACACUGCAGGGAGAACCAGACCAGAGUGGUGCUGGCACAGAGAGAGCUCAGACUCUGAAGGAAGAAGGAAAUGAACUUGUAAAGAAAGGAAACCAUAAAAAAGCAGUUGAGAAGUACAGUGAGAGUUUAAAGCUCCGCCAGGAAUGUGCGACUUACACCAACAGAGCUCUCUGUUACCUGACGCUGAAGCAGUACGAGGAAGCAGUACAGGACUGUACAGAAGCUCUGAGGUUAGAUCCUAAAAACGUUAAGGCACUCUACAGACGUGCUCAAGCACUUAAAGAGCUGAAGGAUUACAGAUCAAGUAUUGCUGAUAUCAAGAGCUUGUUGAAAACUGAACCAAAGAACACAGCUGCACUGAGAUUACUGCAAGAACUGAACAGAGCCUAGGGUAACCAAGCAACAAGGAAAGCUUUGUUUUCCACUGCAGAAGAACGCUUUUUCCCUUCUGAUGUUGUUACAGGGACCAAUCUUAAUGCAGGAUCGGUAUUGAAAACUAUCUUCCACAGCUGCUGAGACGGAACAGGUUCUGUGCCAGCACAAUGAAUGUUAAGACACACAAUCUGUAUCAAACUAUUCUAUUAUCUGGCUCUAAGAUCGUUCAAAGUUUUAAUGCCCCUCCCUGAGAGGCAUAUAGGUUAACUUCCUUGGUUGAAGUCAACUUGCCUGUAACUAUUGGCCUCAGGGACUAUUUCCAUGUUGGCUAAGAUGCAUGUGAAGUGGCUAUUCUCUUUUUGAAGAGCUACAAACAGAGGGGGUUUUGUCCUUAUUCAGGUGACACUUUUGCUGCGUUUGUGCUGCUAUUACUUAAAUAAGGUUGCUGCAGGAACUGCUGCAGUUGCCCUAGCACCACACACCAUUCUUGUAACAGGCACAGUUACUUGCACAGGGCCAAGCUUGUUCCCUCUCCCACUUGAUGCCUGCUGGCCCUCAGCUGAGUUUCUGCUGCUUAGUGUGGCUGGGCAGAUGUUUACAGUAGCAGCUUUCUUUUCUUUUUAAUUAUGCUGCACAUUUAAGAAAACAGCAGCAAGUUAAGCCUGCCUUGUUACACUGUGCACUACUUCUUUCAGAUUCUGGGUGCUUGGGAAUUUUACAAUUGCUUUUUGUGUUGUUUUUUGGUUUGUUUUUUUUAAAAACCACUUUAGCUCCUCUGUGCCUUUUGGAGCAGUUGCUAUGGGGCGUUACAGGGAGAAGGAUAUGCAGUAACAUCCCAACUGAGGUCUGGCUUACUACUUCAGUGCAUGUUUAUAAUUUUUUUUAUCUUCUCCUUAUCUGGUAUUGAUAGCACUGACAUAAAAUGGUAGGUAAAGAGACACUUGGAGUUACUCUAUGAACUGUUAAAACCAGUUCUCAUUAAAACUGUGUUUAUUUUCA